AUGGCUAUGGCGAGUUUGUAUCGGCGAUCUCUUCCUUCUCCUCCGGCGAUUGACUUCUCUUCUGCCGAAGGCAAGCUAAUCUUUAAUGAAGCGCUUCAGAAAGGAACUAUGGAAGGAUUUUUCAGGUUGAUUUCUUAUUUCCAGACGCAAUCUGAACCUGCGUAUUGUGGGCCUUGGAGGUGGUUUGAUGAAUCAAUGCUUGACUGUUGCGAGCCACUGGAAGUAGUGAAGGAUAAGGGGAUUUCUUUUGGAAAAGUUGUUUGUUUGGCUCAUUGUUCUGGAGCAAAAGUCGAGGCUUUCCGUACAAAUCAGAGCUCCAUUGAUGAUUUCCGUAAAUCUGUAGUGAAAUGUUCGACUUCUGAUAAUUGUCAUAUGAUCUCAACUUAUCAUAGAGGGGUAUUUAAGCAGACUGGCUCUGGUCACUUUUCACCUAUCGGUGGCUAUAAUGCUGAAAGAGAUAUGGCUUUGAUUCUUGAUGUCGCCCGUUUCAAAUAUCCUCCUCACUGGGUUCCUCUUAAACUUCUUUGGGAAGCCAUGGACAGCAUUGAUCAGUCAACAGGCAAACGUAGAGGGUUCAUGCUUAUAUCUAGACCCCACAGAGAACCAGGCUUGCUCUAUACUCUGAGCUGCAAGGAUGAAAGUUGGACAGGCAUAGCCAAGUAUUUGAAGGAAGAUGUUCCUCGUCUCGUAAGUUCACAGCAUGUAGACAGUGUGGAAAAAAUCUUAUCAGUUGUGUUCAAGUCACUUCCGUCAAACUUCAACCAAUUCAUCAGAUGGGUGGCUGAGGUCCGAAUAACAGAUGACACAAACCAAAAUCUCAGCGCAGAGGAGAAAUCAAGGCUGAACUUAAAGCAAGUUGUGCUGAAAGAAGUGCAUGAAACUGAACUGUUCAAACACAUCAGUAAGUUCUUAACCUCAGUGGGUCACGAAGAGUGUCUAUCAUAUGCAGCUGCAAAGGCUUGUUGCCAAGGAGCUGAAAUUUUAUCCGGAAGCCCAUCAAAAGAGUUCUGUUGUCGGGAAACUUGUGUGAAAUGUGUCAAAGGUCCUCAAGAGACAGAAGGCACAGUGGUGACUGGAGUCGUGGUGCGUGACGGAAGUGAACAAAAGGUUGAACUAUUAGUGCCAUCGACCCAAACUGAAUGUGAAUGUGGUCCAGAGGCAAACUAUCCAGCCGGGAACGAUGUAUUUACUGUACUUCUGCUGGCUUUACCUCCACAGACAUGGUCAGGGAUCAAAGACCAAGCUCUCAUGCACGAAAUGAAGCAGCUCAUUUCCAUGGCUUCCCUCCCAACUAUGCUUCAAGAAGAGGUAUUGCAUCUUCGACGCCAACUUCAGCUGCUUAAACGAUGCCAAGAGAACAAGGAAGAGGAAGAUCUCGCUGCUCCUGCCUAUUAG